AUGGUAGCCCGUUGUGCCACUUUCCCUAUCCUUGUAACUCUCUUACCCUUCCGUGUUGCACAUUCCAUCCGCUGCCAGCACAGCAAGCACUGCACAACUGAUGAUCCCAAACUUCUAGGCUUAUGUGCCCCACGCCAUCGCGUGUGCUUCACCAUUCCGCAUCCAGCUCGUCACAUUACCGACGACGACGAUCACGACGACGAAGACGCCCCGUUGUUUGUCUCCUUGUCCGAAUUGAUCGAGGAAGCUAACGCUGACAAACUUUCCGUCGCUGCCAAACGCGACGUUAUCGACGCUGUCAAAACCAUCUACAUGGACGUCAACCCGCACCGAUUUCUACAUGAAAACCUCCUCAAGAUCGAUUUUCCGGCCGCGCUGGACAGCAUUGACAUCACCGAAGAACUGACCAAUGUCGAGUUUCAUGAGAACAUGAUGAAUGCCUUCCAACUCAUGGAUGACUAUCAUUCAGUAUUUCUCGCGCCGGAACCGUUGAGAACUUCCGUCGCCACGCUUGGCUUCGUCGUCGCCAAGUUUUUCGAGGAAGGAUCCAGGCAACGACAGUAUAUCGUCAAUGAUUUGCUCGCAGAGCUCAUACCAUCCAAUUCUUCCUUUGGUAUCGGAUCAGAGCUACUCCUUAUCGAUGGUGUGCCCAUCGACAAGUAUGUUCUCACUCUCGGUAAGAAUUCUUCUGCCUCCAACCUAGCAGCCCAGAUCGAUUCUGGCAUUUUUCUGGUGUCCUUCCGAACUCUAGCGUUCGAUCCUAUUCCUUUCAGUUCAACUGUCGAUAUAGUUUAUCUGAAAUCAGAGGGAAUCAGGAAAUAG